AUGCAGACACGUUGCCGCCAGCUGCUGUCUGCCGGGCGGAAGCGCCUCAGCAGCACCGCUGCCUCCUCUCCCUCACCGUCGCCCUACGAUGCCACGCUCGACCACCUGCGUAUCGGCCGUCAUACGCGCGUCAUCUUCCAGGGCUUCACAGGCCGCCAGGCCACGGCAAAUGCGCGCGAGUCGCUAGCCUGGGGCACCAAUGUCGUCGGCGGCGUCACGCCGGGCCGCUCCGGCGAGCAUCUUGGCCUGCCACUGCUGCCCAGCGUGGCCGCUGCCGUGACAGCGCUGCGACCACACGCCACCGGCAUCUAUGUGCCGGCUGCGCUGGCACCGGCUGCCAUUGAGGAGGCCAUUGCUGCCGAGGUGCCGCUGGUUGUCGCCGUGGCUGAACACAUUCCGCUACACGCAAUGCUGCGCAUCUCUGCCGUCCUGCGCACCCAAACGGCGUCAAGGCUCGUCGGCGCCAACUCGCCCGGUAUCAUUGCCGCUGUCGGCCGCUGUCGUAUCGGCUUCCAGCCGCUCUCCUGCUUUGAGGCCGGCCGCGUCGGCAUCGCUGCUCGCUCUGGCACCCUUAGCUAUGAGGCUGUCGCCUCCACCACGCGUGCUGGUCUUGGCCAGAGCCUCUGCAUCGGUGUCGGCGGUGAUGUUGUGCCCGGCACCGACCUGCGAGAAGCUCUCACCAUCCUCGCCACUGAUCCCGACACUGAUGCUAUUGCCCUCAUCGGCGAGAUCGGUGGCACCAGUGAGCUCGAAGCUGCCGCCUGGAUCCGCGAAUAUCACAUCCGCGAGCCGAAUCCAAAACCUAUUGUUGCCCUUGUUGCUGGCACCAACUGCGUGCCCGGUCGUAUGAUGGGCCAUGCUGGUGCCUUUUCGCUCCCCGGCGAGCCUGACGCCCAUGAAAAGAUCCGUGCCCUGCAGAUAGCUGGUGCCACCAUCGUCGAUCACCCAGAGAAGUUUGGCGAAGCUAUCAAGGCACGGCUGCAGGAGAUUGUCAACAGCAGCAGCAGCAGCAGCGCAAGCAGUCUCUUUGGGCAACGGAGCACCACGCAGCACCGGGGAUUGCACACGGCUGCUCGAGGACGGAGAUUGGGCGAUGACCAGAAGAGGGUGUCACUCGGCCGCACUGCUUCCGUUGGUACCCAGCAGAGACGCUCCAUCUAUCUGGCACAGGACGCAUCAUUCGACCUGCUGCGGAAGCACGGCGUCAAUGCAGCUGAGUACUCGGGUCACGGCGUGCGUCGCUACCUAGCCAUCACCGUCGAUCGCUCGGCCAGGUCGCCGUGUGUGCUAGCUGCACCAGACUUCGACUGUGACAGAAGUACCGUUGCACUGAAGCGUUUCCCAUUUGCGUACGGUCCGUCUGGCAUCGACGGUCUGCUGGUCGAGCGCGUGGCCGCCCACCUGGGGCUGAGUCUGCACGCAGGCAGUGUCGAGGCGCUGCGCGACCUGCUGCGGGCGCUGUACGAUGUCUUUGUCGGCCAGGAGGCCUUUCUGGUUGAGACGGCUGUGGUGCAGCGCCUGGCCCAGCUCAAGGUCGUGGGAGCGCGGCUGGGUCUCGACGAUGCUGGUGUGGGUGCACGCGAAGCAACAGCCACGACGACGAUAGCUGAGCCUGACGAGGCCGCGGCCAAGGAAAACGGCAUCGUGUACAUCAAGCUCGGACAGUCGGACGCGGCCGAGCCCGCCCACAUUGCGACGCUCGUCAACGGCGCCGGUCUUGCCAUGAACACGGUCGACGCGCUGGCCGGCCUCGGUGGACGUGCCACCAACUUUCUCGAUACUGGCGGCAAGGCCACGAGCGAGACGGUGCGUGUCUGCUUCGACGUGCUGCUGCGCGACCCGCGCGUACGCGUCAUCCUCGUCAACGUCUUUGGCGGCCUCACCCUUGGCGACAUGAUUGCCCGCGGCGUCCUGCUAGCCUUCCGCGAGACCUGUGUGACUGUGCCCGUGGUCGUCCGCAUCCGUGGCACCAACGAGGCUGAAGGCCAGUGCAUCAUCCGCGAGAGCGGCCUGCCGUUGUUUGCCUUUGACAGCUUCCAGGAGGCGGCCGCCAAGGCCGUCGAGCUGGCGGGGACAACAGAUGGGAAGAAAAAUGAUAAGAGGUUGAAUGAAGCUGGAGAAUGA